UACGUGAGAAGAAUGGUAGCUGCCCAGGACCGGAGCAGAACACCAGCGACACGAGCAUUGCAAGCGUGAGCCUGGAUGGUCGCCACGGCAGCAUGAUGUCAUGGAGAUUCUUAUCCCUUCUCUUUAUGUUCCUGUGCAGGAUUGACUGUUCAGAGGCAGGGUGUUACAACUACCUACAAAAUAAAGAACUGGUGGAGGACCUCCCUAAAAACUACAUAAUCCAUCUUGAGAAAACUAAGACCCAGGACCUUUAUGACAUAGUGUCCUGCACUCUGAAGAGGAUGUGCAGCGAUGGAGUCGGUCGAAAAAAUCGUUCAUGUGACAUGCUGAAUGACUGUUUCAAUGGAACGACUAACAUAAAGUGUGACAGCGACAGCAACGCUCCCUCUGAGUCCCGCAGCGACAGUUCGCCCCUACAGAUAGCCUACAUCUCAGAUUUCAACUGCAUGAUCGCCAAAAGUAUGGGCUACAAAUCUGAAGAUGGACUCAUUAGAAUAUGUGAUGAAAAGGGGGAUGUUGGGAGUUCAGAGAACAUUUAUCAAUGUACAAAAAAAGAACCAUCUAUCUAUUCGCCGUCAACAGCGAGUCCCCGCCAGUCACGGUUUACAACACCGUCAACACGAACGAGACAAAUACCAUCAUCAUCAUCACCAUCAACAGCCACACAAGCUGCACUUAAUGACAACCUUGAUUCACUGUCAACAGCGAGUCUCCGCCAGUCACGGUUUACAACACCGUCCACAGCGAGUCUCCACCAGUCACAGUUUACAACACCGUCAGCAAGAACGAGACAAAUACCAUCAUCAUCAUCACCAUCAACAGCCACACAAACUGCACUUAAUGACAACCCUGACCAAGCAGCUCAAGACAGCAGCAUGCAGAUGCAACAGACAUUUCUCUACCUGUCUGCAUCAGCCAACAUUGUCCUUUUAGUGAUUUGCCUGUACCUGCUCUUCAAGAGAAGACAAGACCACAGACAUCCGCACCCACCCCCAACGCCAAAUUGGAUUCCAACAGAUAGCACACCCCUCACAUAUGUGCAGUCCACUCCUGCCAAUGGCCGUUAUCCUCAUGACAGCCCUGAGUGACAAUAACUGACGCCAGCGACAGUUACGCGGCCAUCUUCUGAUUUGCCUGCUGCCACCUUUACCGUCUCCGGUUGCCCUCAUGCUCAGUCCUUCGUCCUCUUUGCAUUCACUCCAUCAUCAGACUUUUGCCACAGUCAAGGACACAGACAAGAAACCCGGCGCUCUCACUGAGUUUUUUGAUGGUGUAUGCACAAGAGACAGUUCGUCUUGGAUUUUCCAGUGUGCCUAAAGUUUUCUGAGAUGCACAUUUUGUUUCUGCUCUGUGGGCAGUACGAACACUGCCAAAAAUAACCAGCUCUCAGUAUUACAGUAUGAAAUAUUGCUUAUUGGUCUUUGCCGGAUGUAACAAAACUCGGUGUCAGGAGGAUCAACACUGCUGGACAGAACGACCAAAGUGCCAUAUCUGCAAAUGCCUUCGGGUCUGUAUGAGAUUUGAUGCAUGGACCCUUAGAUGAGGCCAUGGAGCAAAUAUGAAAAAGACUGGGACUGAAAAAGCCACAGCGUUUUGAUAUCAUGACUUUUGACUGGAGUACUGUGUUACCUUGGCGCUAAAACAAAGUGAAAUAAACUGUGUCAAAAUCAUGGAGGCAAAAGAAGCUAUAGAAGCUAUUUCAACCACAGGAACUUUCCCCGGGGCCUAGGAACCUUUUGAGGAACUGUCUGUGUUUCCACAGCAGCUACCAGGGUCAAACCCCAGAAGAAGUUCCCACUUGGAGUUAAUUUUCAAAUUGCCCAAAAUUUUGGACGAUUUGGUGCGAUUAUGGGGCUUGCAGUGCUGAUUGGUCAAGCCACACAGAAUGGCUGUGUAUUGCUUUUAAGGAAGCACUGUUGAAUCAGUUGACCAGUUUAGGACAAAGGAAGGCUAUUUCUCUUUGUUUGAUAACAUUUAAAGUGAAGUUAGGCUUUGCGGUUGACUUUCUGACUCAUUUUAAAAAAAUUCAAGAAAAAGAGAGAAAGUGCCGUGGUGCUGUGCAUGAGAAGGCCAGUGAAUCAUAUUCUAUACUCUUUCAGACUUUUCCAGACAGUGUGAGAACCUUGGAUGGAAGGUCAAAUGGAAAGCUAGUGCUUGUUGUCUAGAACCAGUUGGGUCAAGCUAUAUUGUCAAAUAAGCUUGUAAUGUUAAAUGUCUGAUCUUGAAGGCAUAGAUAUUAAGCAGACUCGCAUAGAUUCUUGAGUCAGGAAAAAUAAGCUUUUCGUAUAAGUCCAUUUGCAGGCAAAGGCCAUUUAGGUGCCACAUAAAAUAUUGCGCUCAGUCUUCUGUGUUCAAUAUUGAAAAACUGUCGUCAGUCUGAUCAAGAUAGGCAUUCAGAAGAUUUCCUCUUAAACUCUUUAAACACUUUGCACUGUAGUGUUGAGAUUUGAUGGUGUUAGAAAUGUUUUCUGUGCAAACUUACUUGUCUGUUGUAUAUAAUAAGUGUGACAUCUUUGUGAGUUAGGUUGCGUGCACCCAGAAGCUGAUGAUGUUUUAUGUUUAAGACAAAUGAGGUAAAGUCUAUCCCUUGCAUGCAUAUUUAAAUAUUUAUCUACAUCAUCUUAACUAUAAUAUAUUGAGCAUAUCUUUGAAAUUAAGACGUUGCUGUACUGACAGUGACUGGAUAGCAACAUGCUAUUUUGAGGAAAUGUGAAUAUUUAGAAAAGUGCUUUUAAGAUUCUAUAUAGGUUAUAUAGGUCAAAGUGUCCACCUCAGUGCUGGCAACAUGGUGGGCAAGACAGUGGGGACACCAAAACAAUGAUAGCAUAAGUGCCAAGUUAUAAUCACCAAAGAAAAAGGAAAUAUUUUUGACCUAAACAGACAUGUUAUGAGUGUUUGGCUUGAACUGCUAUCUAAAACAGCUGACACAGUUUGAAUGAUAACUAGGCCAUUUUCCUAAACACACAGAUUUCAAAACAUUCAGUCCUGCGACUUAGUCCAUCUCCUACACAUCCGUCCAAUGAAAACAAUGAAAAAAUGCAAGUUGCCUAAAAACGAAACUAUUCUCUGAGGACAACAGCUUUUGAACUUGACCUGAUGAUUACUGAUGUUCAGAGCAGGAUAGUGUUUCCCAUCCCCCCAAAAAGGCCCUGGAAGCACACAGAAAACCAUGAUUUACUUCUCUUAUUGAGAAGAGUUAGACGUGCUGGGCCGGGUUUAGAGCACAAUUUGUAGAAGGUCCAACCCAUAUGGAGGGAGAACAUUUUCUCAGUUUGACUCCAGUGAAGAGGGAGCCUUUAGUCUUUGCACUGAUUCAGUGACAUUUGAACUAUCUUGGUGCUCCAAAGCCUUCUGAACAGUGUGGGGGUGCCUUUGCACUGGUCUCCAGUGCUGAAACAUGUCAGUAACACAACCCAAUCUGGACCUCAAAAGACUCAGUUUUUUCAUGUUCUCAAAAGGUGUCCAGUAGGAAUCAGGUAUUCAUGCAGUCAGUCAGUUGUUGUGGAUUAGUUCUCUAGUGCUGACAAGCUUCAUACUGUAAAUAUCAGUCUCUGUCAGGUGAGUGAGUGUGGAAAUGAGGCUUGGAGUCAGAUUCAUUCAAUGAGCUUAUUUGUGCGUGGAAAGAAGCAUGCAUUUCUAAAGGAUGCACUAAUAGCACUUUUUCCUCUGCAUCCAGCUAAUACAGACGUCAGCCAUUAUCUUUGCAGCUGUUUGACAAUAGUAACUGGGAUAUGAAGCAUUUUUCCAUGAUCUUUUUUUGUGUUAAAAUGGAAGAAAACCACAUCAUACUGAAAGGCUUUUACUGCCUUGAAUUGGAGUCGGUGCCUCUUUAAACAUGUCGCCUGCCUUCUCAGUGUUUGUUCUGCCAUGUGUUUUACUGUUAAGAUGUAACUCUGGUAAAUAACAAAUACAACAUGGAACAACGAUCAAAUAAGACACAGCAACCAUACAAUAAACUUGU